GCGGUGGUUGGUUGGCCUUUGUUUCUCUCUCCGUGGAGCUCACUGACAACAAGGAGGUGAAUCCUCGUCCCGGCUGUUGAAGUGAGGAAUAUGCGCUCACUUGUGGGACUACUCGCUGUUGUUGUUGCAGCCAGUUUGUACCUGUAUUCACUGUCCCUGUACCUUCCCGCGGCACCGCGACGACCAAGUGCCGAGAGAGGACAUGAAGAGUCCGAGCAGCCCGCUGACAGCUCCGAGGAGCCCGGCAGGUUGAAGUUCCCCUCGGACUUGGAGGAGCUGAGGGAACUUGCUGAACUCCUUCAGUUUUAUAAGACAGAACACACUGGAUAUGUCCUGCUACUUUUCUGCAGUGCGUAUCUCUACAAGCAGUCCUUUGCCAUUCCCGGAUCCUCCUUCCUGAACAUUUUGGCUGGAGCUAUAUUUGGACCAUAUCAAGGGCUGCUGCUUGCCUGUUUGCUCACCACUGUGGGCUCCACCAUGUGCUACCUCCUGUCCCAAGCCUUCGGGAAGCGUUACAUUGUUAACCUCUUCCCAGAUAAAGUCUCCCUGCUACAGAGAAAGGUAGAGGAGAACCAGGACUGUUUGUUCUUCUUUCUGCUUUUCUUGAGGUUCUUUCCCAUGACUCCCAACUGGUUUCUGAACAUGUCUGCCCCGAUUGUCAACAUCCCCAUCACCUUCUUCUUCUGCUCUGUCUUCAUUGGCCUUCUGCCGUACAACUUCAUCUGCGUUCAGACGGGCGUUAUGCUGUCUGAGGUGUCGUCACUGGAUGACUUGUUCUCCUGGGAGAGGCUGCUGCAGCUGCUGGCCAUCGCUUGCGUUGCUCUGGUGCCCGGCGCCCUUAUCCGCCGCUUCAGUCAGAAGCGCCUCAAACUGGACAUGCCAUCGCAGAACGGGCUCUUCACAGAUAAGAAGGUCCAGUGAUUUGUUUCAGGAAUUAAUUUGUUCCCCGGCGCUUUGAUGCCCUCUGCCCUCAAGACUGAAUGUAUUUAAAAGUGGUGACUCAGAAAAACUUUGCCCACACACACACACACACACACACACACACACACACACACGUAAAGGUUUCUUUUAUCUGGAGUGCUUUAUUUUUCUGGAGAUUGAGAGAAAAUUGGCACGGUGGGUGUUUGAAACCAAGUAUUUUGUGUAACCAAAUGUUGGUGUUUCUGUGCCACAACUGUGAGCACAGCAGGCACAGUUUAUGUACAUAGAUGUUUGAAUGUAAUCAGUUGGGGAGAGGAAAGAGUUUCCAGGAGACUUUGCUCCUGAUUAUCGCAUACCAAGAGUAGUGUUUCAAGUGCCUGUCAUGCUCGACGGACUCUGUUUCAAACUUCUACCUCCAACAUGGACUUGUGGAACAGUUAAGGUUAAGGCCUACUCAUGCUUGUUGUUGCUGGUUGUUUUCAGAUGAUUGUUUUUGGGGGUUUGUUUGCAUUAUUUACUUUGUAACUUAAAUAUGAAUCAUGCAUAGAAAUAGAAUGAAUAGAAAGGACAUUGAGCUGCUUUCUGUAGUCAUUUUACUUGUAAAGAAGAAAAUAUUGUUACUUGUUAUGCUGAUAACACACCGUAUAGCCAGGCCAUUAAGUGUGUCACACUCACAAGUUUGAGAACUCCGUUUUGGCCUAUUUUAAGUUAUUGUAACAAACUUCGUUCAAAUUUGACAGAAACAAAAUAAAAUUCACCCAAACCAUCUUGUUGUUUUGCGAAUGUCCGAUCUACUCUGAGUCUAUUUCUAUGGAAUGAUGUUUGCAGCAUUAUACGACUUGAAGUUGUUUUUUUCCUGUAUGACGAACACAUUUUGCAAUCAGUAUAAAUUGUAAUACAGUAUGUUGGACAAUUUCUACUGUUUUUAAACUCUGAACU